AUGGCGUCGACUCCGAAACCAACAUCGCCGGAGAUACCGCCGUCAAAAGUGCCUCUCAUCCGUCAAAACGUUGAUCUCUUAGCUCAAAAACUUGUCUCGAUUGAACAUUUCCAAGGUAACAAAAAAUUUCCUAUGCUACAUGUUGACAGAAAACUCAAUCAUGAAUUGUGUGUACCUUGGAAAGAUGCAUUGAUAGUUAAAUUACUAGGUAGAGAGUUAGAAUUUAACAUCAUGAAAAACCAAUUGAAGAAUUUAUGGAACUUACCAGAUUUUGAUUUGAUGGAAUUCGGAAAUUGUGGUUUCUAUGUGGUCAAGUUUGAUAUGGAAGAGGAUAGAACAAAAGUCAUUAAUGGAGUCCCUUGGAAGUUAUUUGAUCACUAUCUUUCUGUUUGUCAAUUUAUGUCUACCAUCGACAAAAUUAGGGUUUGUAGGUCGAUGUCGGCUGAUGCACCGAAGGAAACUGUUAAAACCAUGGUUUGGGUGAGAAUUCCAAACCUGCACCCUGUCUAUUAUGAUGAAAAUUUUCUGUGGGCUCUUGCAUCCGCUAUAGGAAACCCUGUUAAGGUCGAACGUGGAAGAUUUGCUAGAGUGUGUGUUGACAUUGAGUUGAAUGAGGAUUCCGUAAGCAGUGUUGGAAUCAAUGGAAAAUGGUAUCCAGUUGAAUACGAAGACUCUGUUAUCAUAUGCACACAAUGUGGUUUCUACGGCCAUCGUUGCAGCAGCUGCGCUUAUAUCCAUCGGUGA